AUGUUUGGAAUGAAAGGAGCUUUACACAAGCUAAGACGCUCCAUAUCUGGUAUGGAGCCCGAGAUAGACUCCAAAUCUUCAUCUAGUGCCUCUUUACCUCAUAAGAAAGGAUUGGGUUUGGAAAAGAGUAAGACCAUGACUGCAAUAGAUGACAGUCAGAAUAAUUACGAAGACGAUGAUGCGUUACCGCCUGUAAUAUUGGCUGGUUAUUCCGAUUCUACGAAGAACAGAUUACUUACACCAGAGAUGUGUGAUGAAAUACGGACAUUGAUGCCACUUCGAAUACAAUUAUAUCCUCAAUGGAAUCUCUUAUACAGUUUGGAACAGCAUGGUGCGUCUUUGCAUUCAUUAUAUGAUAAUAUUAAACCUAAAAGUGAAACUUCUAAAAGAGUUGGAUACGUGUUAGUAAUAAAAGAUCGUAAGAAUGGAAUAUUUGGAGCAUAUUGUAAUGAACCAUUCCAACCGAAUGAACAUAGACGAUAUAGUGGAAAUGGAGAAUGCUUUCUAUGGAAAUUGGAGAAAGUUCCUCGGAUAACUUUUAGAGGUUAUACUGAUUCUAAAGAAGAUAAGCAAGAAGUAGAAGAAGAAGAAGAAGGUGAGGAAAAUUGGCAAUUUACUGCUUAUCCUUUCACCGGAGUGAAUGAAUUUGCCAUAUAUUGUACGUCCAAGUUUAUAUCAAUGGGGGCAGGCGAUGGGCAUUAUGGAUUAUGGUGUGAUGAUGGAUUGAUGCAUGGAGUCUCCAAUCCAACUAUGACAUACGGUAAUGAUGUGUUAAGCCGUGAGGGUAGGAAGUUCACCAUUGUCGGUUUAGAAAUGUGGAGAGUCGGAUAA